UUGGGGGAAGCGGAUUCGACGAUUAGCGAGAGAUCAAAGCGGUUCAACCAAAAUCGUCUCUUCCAGAGUGAUCAGAAGAGGCUCUAUAAAUCAUUGGAGCGACCAGAGGUAUGUGGAGCGGGCCCAGGACCGGAUCAGGCUGACACUGUCGCAUUUUGGCGUGGCCUGUGGUCAGAGCCCGUAAACCACAGCGAAGGCCCUUGGAUGGAAGUUGUGGCGAGCCAGGGUGCAAGUGUUACGCCUAUGGACCCCGUCACCAUAACGCCUGAAGACGUGGCUGAGGCGGUCCGUAGGGCCCCGAACUGGAAAAAGUCCGGGGCUCGACGGGCUGCAUCAUUACUGGCUGAAGGGGUUCGUAGUGUGUCACGCUGUGCUCGCCCGACAGUAUCAAAAGGUUCUCGAUCAGAAGUCGCUCCCGAGCCUCUUCACUACUGGGAUCACUCACUUGGUUCCUAA